CUCGAGUCAGCCACACAAGGAGAAGCCUGUCAAAGCUCUUGCUUCUUCCUUAUCCCCAAAGCCACCAUCUGGGAUGAUACGGCGACUGCGCAGUAUUUCCGGUUGCGCUGCGACAUCAGAAUGCUUCAGCCUGCGCUGCGCCGUGCCCCUCACAUCUGGCUGUUGCGGUCCAGGCUCAUAGUCCGCUGAUCUACUGACCAUUAUUAGAACACCUUUUGAUUUCUCGGUAUUUUAGAAGGGAGUGUCUCAUUCAGCUCCUUCGUCCUUUCCAUCUCUCAACCUGCAUUGCGUACUACUAGUCAUCACUAUCUCACCGGCAUUGACGGCCCCAUUUUCCUCCCAAAUCCAUUGUGACUUUGGAGGUAUCACUUCCCUAGUCGCAGGCCCGACAUCCAAUCGUACAAAAACAACGAUGCAUUUCACCAAGUCUUUUCUCGGGGCCAUCGCUCCCUUCCUUCUUCUUGGGGCCUCAGCCAUUGCAGAUCAACCACGCGAGGGCAAGGUUCAAGCAGCUACAACACUUGCUACAUCAGUAAUUCCCGCCGGGGACGUCACGGCUGCCGCCCAUGCGGUCGCGAACACCGAUGCCAGCGCCAUCGAAGCCAUUGAAGCCGACGCUGAGGAUAACGAGGGCGAGGUGGAGGUCACCAACAGCCGGGUGAGGAGGCAAGGCAAGGGGAAAGGGAAGGGUAAAGGAAAAGGCAAGGGCAAGGGGAAGGGGAAGGGGAAGGGUAACGGAGCAGCCGGAGGUGCCGCAGGAGGCGCGGCUGCUGGAAACGGCGCUGCUGGUGGUAAUGCUGGCGGAACUGCCGUCGCAACUGGUAACGCCGCUGGCGCCACAGCUGGGACUGGGGCGGGCGCUGGUACCGGACCCGGCGUGGGAGCGGGGGCCGGGACCGUUGCGUGAGAGAUUGGGCCGACAGCAGAGCUGUAGGUACCGUAGUAAUCAUCAAACUAGGGACUCUUUGCCUGCGGCGGGGUAUUAGUAUUUAGCUUAAGGUCCAUGACGAGGCAUCAGCGAUUCAACGACAAUGAGGCCAAGCAUCAGCGC